AUGAUUAUUUUACUAAUUUUGCUGGCCAUGCUACACACCGGAUUGGCGGCCAUCGCAGGAUAUGAAGAAGUGGAAAACAAUUUAAUUACAAAAUUAGGUUUAAGCCGAAGACCUGUAGUAGAGAAAAAUAUGAAGAUACCAUCUGCCACAAUGGAACUGUAUAAAUCAAUGUUAGAAGAGAACAAUUCAAUGACAACUCAUUUUCCUCUUCCUGGUUUGCACACAACGUCUGCUAAUACUGCUAGGACCUAUUCCAACAAAGGAUCAGCCCCAAUUAAUGCUAAGUCUAAAAGAUAUAGGCUACAGUUCGAUAUAGAUUCUAUACCUGAACGAGAACAGGUUAAAGCUGCUGAAGUUCGUUUUACAAUGGUAUACGAUACAACACUACGAAAUGAAGAACUUAUUCAUGUGAUUAUACAUGAUAUAGUCCAACCUGGCAUCAAAGGCAUAUCAAAACCUAUUCUCAGAAUUAUCGAUUCGAAAUCAAUUAAUAUGUCAAAAGUAUCAAAGUCAGAAGUUAUCAGUUUUGACGUAACACCAGCUAUAGAAAGACUGUCGAAGAACAAUUUCAAAGACAACCAUGGUAUGCUUGUUCAAUGCGUCACGGAGUCUGGUAGUCACACACAUUUACUCAGCGUGUUUGACUUUGUAUCACCCGAAAAUACAUUACUAUUGAUCUACACCGAUGACGGAACAAGCGAGAAGAGCACGCUAGAACGGAUGAUGCGGCGGAGCAAACGGUCGGCCGACGAACCGGGAGGGCCACCGAAGAAAUCGAAAAAGAAGACGAUCUGUCAGCGGUAUCCGUUGUACGUGGACUUCAAGGAUGUCGGGUUCAGCGAUUGGAUCCAGGCGCCGGCGGGUUACGACGCUUUCUACUGCCACGGGGAGUGUGCGUUCCCGUUGGCCAAUCACAUCAACGCGUCCAACCACGCGGUCAUGCAGACGCUGAUGAACUCGUACAACCCAGCGUCAGUUCCCCGGGCGUGCUGCGUACCGACCAAGCUCAGUUCGCUGACGCUGCUCUACUUGGACGACGACGGCAGGUUGGUGGUGAAGAACUACCAGGAAAUGGCCGUGGAAGAAUGCGGAUGUAGAUGA